AUGCCGAACAGGUUGGACGAAACCGAUGAAAAUGGAGAUGCCGCCGGCCAAGAGAACGGAGCAGACUCCAAUGAAGCCUCAUCUCCUGCCACAACUGACCUGAACAAUAACCCACUGAAACCAAGGCGGCUGACUCGGGCCGUGACCGCUGGUGCCCGUCGGCUGAGCGGCAAGACGAUGCUCUCGCGAAGGAGUACUCUCCAUAGUGACCGGAAUAUCACUGUCGACCUAUCGUGGUAUUCCUUCUGGCUUUCUUCACGGGUCCAGAACUUGCCUCUAACUUAUCGCCAAAUAACGCUCGAUGGCGAGCAGAUUUCAGAACCAGGGGUCCUCCAUCGUCUGAUGGAUAAAGUAGGACAAUACGUGAAGGAACGUAAAGGAUUGAGCGUUGACAACAUUAUUGAAUACUUACAGUCGACGGGUUCGAUCAAUUACACCGACACCAAAUCUCACAAUUGCGUUCGAGGGCUCAUCUUCAGCAUUUUAGGCUGGCAGUCAAUGCUGUAUCAGCCGGAUCUAACUAUCGGGCCUUCCACUCAACUGGCCAUCUAUCAUGAGGACUCUCUUCCUGAUUCUAAGUUUGUCUUCUACACAUACAAAAUGUCCGCUAAUUUGUGCGACCGUCCCUUGUUCGCCUUACUAAAGGGGUUCGGAAAUCUCCUGCCGGCAGGAUAUCAAACCCCCCAAGAAACCUCUGUGCUAAGUAAGAAAGCUGUGGCAUCAUGGAUUCCACUUUACCCGAGCGACGUGAAUGCCUAUCUCCUUACCACACUCCUUGGCGUCCGGUUUCGCUGGGUAGACUCUAUUUCUCUGCAUCUGGAUUUCGAUAAGUCGAGUCGCACUCUAUCGCUCUUCUGCUUCCCAUCAAUAUGUGUAUCGCAGCUAAGGGACGGAGGAUCAAUUUUUGCAUUUGCAAGCAUGGAGGCCGAGGCAGCGGACCCGCGAGCGAAUGAGAGCGAUAUCGCACAUUUGCUAGGAGAGAUUUUAUUAUCCUACCGUCUAUUGUUUGGUCAAUCAAAGAAAUCCCGUAAAGUCUUUCGACAAACUUUUGACCCGCAGAAACUCCCCUGUCCCCAACCAGAUACGCUUCUGGCAGUCUUAUGCUCCCAGAAGCAGGUUCCCGCGAAACUGGGAGACUUCCCACUUCCGGUAGACCGACACAUUUACUAUGCAGCUCGAGAUUUCUCAGUCCUGCACGAUCGAAUAGAACUGCUCUUUCAAGAACUAAAUGGAACCCGACCGAAGUCAAUAUCUGGGCUGUUGAAGGACAGAAGGGACACAUUACAAUUCUGGACGUUUUGGUUGGUUGGCAUUUUCGGUUCCUUGAGUGUGACAUUGACGUUUGCGCAAGUGGUCAUGCAGGCAUAUCAGGUUUCUCAUGGCAAUUAA